AUGACAUAUACUCAGCUGUUGCAGCACUUGCUCAAUAUCGAGAAGAUCACUUUGAGGGACGCUCCGAAUGCUUCGGAUCGUCAGUCUCCAAACUAUAAUGCGAAUGCACGUUGUGCUUUCCACUCUGGUGCUGCUGGACAUGAUACAGAGAGGUGUAUUGCAUUGAAGAAUAAAGUCCAAGAUUUGUUGGAUCAAAAGGUUAUUCAAUUCACUCCGGCACCCAACAUUGUCAAUAAUCCGAUGCCAACUCACGAAGGCUCGGGUGUCAAAGCUAUUGAGAAUGAAGAGAUAAGUGUUGUAUCUGAUGUGAGCUGUUUGACUUUUCCUCUUGUGUCUGUGAAACAACAUCUGUAUGGUGCAAAACUGAUUGAUGAGGGUCCUCUUCAAUUUUACCGAAGGUUGAGAGGUGCGAAGAGUGAGAAUGGUGAGGUUUCUGUGAUUUCAAUUCCUUAUGAGCCGUUUGUUCCAAUCUGUAUCCAAGUGCCUGUUCAGAUACCUGUCAGUAUCCCAUAUGAGGAACAACCAGCGACGUUGAUGAUUACCGUGCCAGGACCAGUUUCAUAUGAGAGUGAGAAGGUCAUUCCUUGGCAUUAUGGCUCAAAUGUGUACUGCUAUGGUACGAAGAAAGAGGAUGGGUUGAAAGACAAAUCUGUUGAGGAUGCAGUUGCAAAUGCCGAUAAUUUCGCUGGUACUGGUAGAAUUACUCGUAGUGGCAGGGUUUUCUCUCCUCAGCAAGUACAAGACAAUGAUGACGCUUUAGAGAAGGCCAAAGGCAAGCAAGUGGUGACUGAUGGCCAGAACUAUCUGAUUCAAAAUGGGGCACCUGAUAAUGCUGUGUCUUCCAAGGAUGGUCAUACAGAUGCUCUUUUGAGAAUUCUGAAUGGUGCCUACGUACCUCAGGAAAUAUCUGGGAAUCAGUUAGAGACGGUGGCCAAUAAUAUUUCAGCUGGAAAUGGUUUGGGGUUUACUGGUCGGGGUCUUCCUCUUAAGGGGGGAAACCACAACAAGGCGUUGCAUAUUUUGAUGGAAUGUAAGGGGACGACUUUGUCUCGUGUUUUGGUGGAUACACGUUCUUCCUUGAAUGUGCUUCCCAAAUCGGCCCUCAUGAGAAUUGACUAUGCGGGUGUUGAGUUGAGGCCCAGUGAAUUGGUGGUACGUGCUUUCGGUGGUUCAAGAAGGUCUGUGUUCGGAGAAGUAGAUCUGCCAAUUCAAGUUGGUCCUCAGAUCUUCACCACGAAUUUUUACGUGAUGGAUAUUCAACCUGCUUAUUAUUGUCUGUUAGGGCGACCUUGGAUUCACAAGGCAGGUGCUGUGACAUCCACUCUCCACCAGAAGUUGAAGUAUCCAGUUGAUGGUAAAGUGGUGACAGUUUGUGGCGAGGAGGAUUACAUUGUGAGUCACCUAUCUUCUUUCCGAUAUGUGGAGAUCGAAGAUAAAAUACAUGAGACGCCGUUUCAAGCAUUCGAGGACGUAAAUGUUGUGAAAACUCCUCUUUAUGAGAUAACGAAGCCAUAA